AUGGAAUCUCAGGAUGGAAUCACCGUCCGCCCUAUGAGGUUGAAGGUUUUGUACACAUUUGACAACGAGAAUAAGACGAAUUGCCUUGCCCGAUGGCCUCUUGUGCUCGAUAUUCAGACCGCCCCUCUUGAUGAAAAUACUAUCAUCGGUGUCAUCGAGUUGAAAACAUGCAUUCAGGCAAUAGUGUCUGCCAGUCCUGAACUGGUUGGACACAUGGGAAACGACUACACUGUUUACGCUUUUGACUACUCCGAAUCUGAUACACCUCUCGUUGGCCAAGGAAUGCUCUCAUGGGUCCUCGCUUCCGCCGUUGAUGUCCCGCCACAGUCUAAAACCAUGAUUACAGGUCGUGUGUGCAAAAACCCGAUGGGUAUCUUCUCGAAAGGUGCCGCACAUGAGACCUUAGAAGUCAAACUGCGGUUGGUGCCUGGUCGUACUGCCAUCCAACCUCAAUCACUCGAUAGUAUUUCGAAUAGCAGCAUUCCCAGCGGCUUCGACGGACAAUCCUGGUCCAACUUCGUGCGCCAAAAUCCUGGUCUUAUUGAUGCCUAUCGACGACAGCAGCAAGAUCAUGGCAGCUCUCCAGUGGGACAGUUUGGCAUUGAACGAUUUCACCAAAUCCUGAGUGAAGGUUCUACACCACGAGACUUUUCCUACGGACAGACCGAGUCUGUUCGCUCCGCAUCGCCUACACACUCCUACUGUGCUGCCUCAACACCUGGUGGACUUCGUACUCCUCAGCAUCAUCAGCACCUACAAUCUGUCUCGGGAUUUCCUCAAAAUAUAGACAUGAUACGUCCUUCUUCGAGUAUCUCCAUGCGCGACUGCGACUUACAAGCGCAGCCCUACAAGGCUCGAAAGCAAUCUGUUCAGUCUGGCUAUGCCAGUGGCGGUGAAGAUGGCGGCGAUAUGCAGCCGCGCAAGAGAGCCAAGGUUUACCAAUCUGGCUUGGACAAAUCUGACAUGAACAUUGAGAGGCAGCAUAACUCGUUGCGGGUAGCUGCAAGCACCGCUGCCUCUGUUCGUAUUCAUCGCCCCACCCCAGUGCAUCCUUCCAUAAAUGUCGGACAAUCCAUCGAGGAACCUAUUCGUCCACCAACUCCCAUUUCUCGUAGUGCUCCGCCUCGACGUGCACGACUUGCCUCUAGUCUACUUCGCGAAUCUUCUGUCGCAGGUAGCGGCUACUCAUCACCGUACGAACAUGAUGAUAUUAUUCACACUGACCAGACUGCUCAAUCCCCCGAUGAUGUGCGUUACCAAGGUGUCUUUGAACCUCCAUUCAAUAUGCCAUCUUCUCCUCCUGUUGUGGAGCGCCGUAUUUCCUCCAAAUCCAGUCCUCCAAAGUUACCCACCCAUCUUCACACCGACUCGGGCUUCAUGAGCGGUGAUGUGGAAGAUUUCAUGGAUGAUGAGGCGGCCACCCCCGUGGAUGAUCGCGAAAGGACUGAAUCGCAAGCAACCACUGAUGAAAGGCACUCUCGUUCUAUUCGCUACACUGCCCAAGGCAGCUCCCCUGUCAGUGCCGUCAGUCCCCUGAUGGAUAACACCCAUGCUUCAAUGCUGGUGAUUGGUGCGACAGAUUCAAAUCAUAUGAUUCCACGAAAGCCGGUUCGUCCGGUCUCUAGGCCCUGUUCCCGACAAUCAACUCCUAAACCACUGGCUCCGGCACUGGCUCCGGCGCCUAUGUCCCAAGCUGAGUUUGACAACAUGAUCCUGGCUACCUUCCCAGCCAGUGAUCCCGUUGAACCUUCCCACCCCCCCUUACAACACGCACAUACAUGGUGUGGCCCAAUGAGUGAUAUAGGAUUUGAAUCGUCGGCACCGGCACCUCCAGUCAGUACUAAGCGCGCCCGCAAGGAAUGCUCUGGCAAAAGGGCACAGCAGAUCGCAGUCCGUCUGAAUGAGGCCAUCCAGUCUGGAACGGUCCCGCCAUAUUGUGCCAAUUGCGGCUGUAUUGAAACCCCUACCUGGCGUCGGGCGUGGCUGAGAGAAGUUGAUACUGAACAAAAUGCUAAGGACAUCAUGGCGAGCGAAGAAAACACGCUGUUCUACGAAUUGGGCAAAGUGGAAACUGGUCAGACAGUCGCCAAGUUCAGGGUCUUUAAGAAGACUAUUACAGUAACUGACACGGAGUGGGCGCAACUUCUGCUCUGCAACCCUUGUGGACUAUGGCUUUACAAGGCGAAGAGAAUGCGCCCUGAAAACAAAUGGAACGGAGCUGCCAAAGUGAAAAAAUGCCCUAUCAGAAAACGCACAACGGGAGGACCGCUAUCAACACGCACUCGCAGCCAAGUCGCACUUGGCCAGACGGCCUCAUCCCCAGCCCCUACCGACGCUUCCUCAGUUCCCACUCCCCAAGAUCACCGUGAUGAGGUAGAGGAUGAUGAUGCUCAGAAAGACGAGAGACGAGAGAUCAAGACAGAGCAACCCCCUAAUAAACGCCACCGGCCUAACAGUGCUGAGCCUUCACGAUCCAUCGAGACUGCCCAUAUCAUGCAGAAGCCAGUUGUAUCCUUGGAACGUGCCAUUCAAUCCAGUCCCAUGAAGAAAACGGUAGCUCGCGAUAUCGACGAGACCCUUCUGACACCGAAGCGCGUUCGACGGGCACUUUUUCCGUCGGGCCCAAGUAAUGGGCCAUUGACAGAAUGUAUCAAUCUGGCACAAUCUCCCCGACGCAGCCCUCGUAUUGCAGACAAGCGAACCCAUGGCAAGGAGAACCAUUCCACUGUGGAUCGUGAUUGUUUCGAUGAUCUUUUCCAAUCCCCCUCCAUGGACUUGAACCUUUCGGCCAGUCCAACGCCCCGUCGGCGCAACCAUCGUAUCAAUGUAGUGCAGGAUCUACCCCAUUCAUUCACCGGUUCUCCUACCAGAAAUAGGGCUGAUCUGACUCCCACUCGGCUUUCAGCGAAGCUAUUGCAGCAUAUCCAAGAAAGCCCGAAAAGUUCAAAGACUUCUCAAUCGUCUCAACGGAAGCGAUCCCCCAAGAACGGCAUAGCCUCCUUACGAGAAGCCAGUCUGCAGUCUGAAGAGAAUGUUCCCCUCGACAGUAUGAUCAUCGAGAUGUUUAACCGCGAACAUGGUGAGAAUGCUUGGGAAAAGUGGCUUCCUGAAGGCCUCGUGUCUUCUCCAUCGGACCCAAUUGGUGAUGAGGAUAUGUACAAUGCGAUUCUAUCCAAUCCUGGGUUGAUGCAAGGAAGUCUACCCUUCGAGUAUGGCGAUGAGAUUUCCGAUUUCCCUGAUUCGGGAUUUUUCAGCUCAGAUGCUUUCCACUCCACAGAUCCAUCAUUUAAGCCUCAAUCUACAAAUGGGAACCCCAGCACCGCAUGA